UGCAGUGCUUGUACUACUUUAGUAUACCAUGAGUGCUGGAUGCAGCCAGUCAUCGAAAGGAUUCCUUUCCUCACAGCAUGAAAGAGAAAUGAAAUGCAAACCUGAAUGCAACCUGAAAGGUCUAAAUAGAUGAGCUUGUGACAUCCUUUCCCAGAUCCCAGGGAUUCCACAUCCACCAGCUGUACCUCCUCGAUUCAGAACAAUAUUAUCUCCAAACUCAUAUUUCAAAGGAAUACUUUGACUGUUCCAGCUGUCACAGAAAGUAAUUGGGGCCAACUGGAUGUCAGAAUGAAAGUGGUUACUAUUAUAAUACUACUUUUCUUUUGUAAAGCAGCCUACUUUAGGAAGACAAGGAAUGGGAGUUUGAGAAACAAAGCAAAUGGAAGGACAAACAGCUUAAGAAAAGCAUCUAGUACUGUUAAGCGUUAUGCCCCAGGCCUCCCCUGUGAUGUGUAUACUUAUCUUCAUGAGAAAUACUUAGAUUGCCAAGAAAGAAAACUGACUUUUGUGUCUCCUGAUUGGCCUGAGGAUUUAAGACACAUGCUGCUAGCAAGAAAUAGGAUUCGCAAACUGAAGAAUAAUAUGUUUUCCAAGUAUAAAACAUUAAAAAGUCUGGAUUUACAACAGAAUGAUAUAUCAAAAAUUGGAAGUGAGGCUUUUUUUGGUUUAAACAAACUUACCACACUCUUACUUCAGCAUAACCAGAUUAAGAUUUUAUCAGAGGAAGUUUUUAUUUAUAUGCCCCUUCUAAACUACCUGCGUCUUUAUGAUAAUCCUUGGCAUUGCACCUGUGAGAUGGAAACUCUUAUUACGAUGUUGCAGGUUCCAACAAACAGGAACUUGGGAAAUUAUGCCAAGUGUGUACACCCAAUAGAACUGAAAGAUCAAAAGCUAAAGCAGAUAAAAGCUGAACAUCUAUGUACUGAAGAGGAAAGACUGGACCCCAAAAAUAUAGCAGCAGCAAAGCCAAAAGUUGUCAAACCAGAAUUUGAUUCCUCUCUUUGUCAUAUUUAUGUAUUUCCCAUGCAAACAUUGGAUUGCAAAAGAAAAGAGUUAAAGCAAGUUCCAGGUAACAUACCUCCAGAUAUUGUUAAACUCGAUUUAUCUAACAACAAAAUCAAACAACUACGAGCCAAGGAGUUUGAAGAUGUUAAUGAACUGAAGAUAUUAAACCUUAGCAGUAAUGGAAUAGUUUACAUAGAUCCUGCUGCUUUUUCAGGACUCAUUAACUUAGAGGAGCUUGAUUUAUCAAACAACACACUGCAGAAUUUUGAAUAUGGAGUAUUAGAAGACCUCUACUUUUUGAAAAUAUUAUGGCUGAGAGAGAACCCUUGGAGAUGUGAUUACAACAUUCAUUACCUUUUCUACUGGUUAGAGCAUCACUACAGUGUUCACUACACUGGUCUAGAAUGCGAAACGCCUGAGGAAUACAAAGGGUGGUAUGUUGGAAAAUAUGUCCGAAGUUAUUAUGAGGAGUGCCCAAAAGACAAGCUGCCAGUUUAUCCAGAAACAUUUGAGCAGGACAAAGAAGAUGAGGAAUGGGAAAGACACAAAGAACAAUCAGUUCAAACAGUAAAGAAGCAUGGUGUAAUUGUCACUGUAAUAGAUUAAUUCGGGAAUUUUUUUAUUACUAGAUUCAAAUUUUUCAUAUUUUAUGUCAGAAAAAAUCCUGUUUACAUUUUUGUUACUAGUGUUGUUUGUCCAUAAGGAAAUAUCUGCCUACAUAAUUUUUUUAAUUGAAGUUACUAACGACAUGACGGUAUUAGUUAUACAUCAUCUUUAAAAAAAUUUUUACUGUUUCUGACCAUUUGUUUUCGGUCACCCUUGCUAUGUGUUUGGGUAACAAUUUGAACCUACAAAAUAUAAAUGGAUAGAUAUAGAUAUAGAUCUAUAGUGGAAACAUGUCAUCUUAUGUACAGCAAGGCAUGAUCCUGCAGUUUGCUCUGCAUGGGCAGAGCAUUUUCAUGGAACUCAAUGUGGGACUGGGCCCAAAGCUCCUCUGUGUUGAAUGUAUUGCAAUUUCUUUAUAUUUAUUGGCUCCUUGAAUUGUUCCCAGGAAAAGUUCUGUACAUUUUAUGUAGCAGUUCUCUUGUGUGUUAUAUUUAUACCAAAUAAUGAAAUUGCAAACUGAACUAGAACAGGGUACAAAAUCAAUGGGAAUUGCACAUGGAGUAGAGAGAAAGGACACGCCAGUGAUCAGGGUGCUAGCCUGGGCCUUAGGAGACCCAAGUCCAAUAUCCUGUUCUGACACAGACUUCUUCUGUGACAUUGGGCAAGCCAGUGAGUCUCCCUGUGCCUCAGUUCCCCAUCUGUGAUGGGAAUAAUAGCACUUCCCUACCUUACAUGGAUGAUAUGAGGAUAAAUACAUUAAAGGCUGUGAGGUGUUCACAUACUAUGGGAACAGCGGCCAUAUAUGAACAUCAGUUAGAUGGUCAGUACCCCUCAGGGCAAAGACCCUUACUGCCCAAUAUUCUCAAGAAAAGGAAUGAUCCAACACUCAUUUACAUAGCAAUACUUCCACUGACUGAUAACAUUUAGCAUCUAUACAGUAUUUUCUUUUUUAAAGUUUGCAUCAGUUAAUAUUAACCAGUCUGAAUACUUCCUCUUUGAGGUAGGCAUUAGCAUCCCUUCUGGGGAAAUGAUGGCAAAGAAGGGUUAAGUGAGUUGCCCAAGACCACACACCAGAUUGAUCUCAGAUCUGAGAUCAGACUCAGAGGUCCCAGCUCAAACUCCAGAUCACGCCUCCUCUCAUACAUCACUGACAGUUAUGCAGGAGUGUAGGAAGCAGAAUCAGGCUCUGCAUUUGAAAUGUCUGACAAUACAUGCAAGCGACUGUAUUGGGAGGAGAUCUGGAAGGCUGUAUGGAGGGAAAAAAUAUAGCUUUCAAACUCUAUACUACAUUCUAGUGGCCAUGGAUCCCUCCCUCCUGUCUAAAAGCUCACAUACGUUGUUUUGCAUUAAAAAUGUAAUCCAGA